UAGAUGAAGAACUUUGAGAAACCCUAUCUUAAUUUUCCCAGCACCAUGGACACUGCUGAUGUAGAUAUAGAUGGGGAUAAAAGUCUCCACACAUUCUUCUCUUCUUAUGUCUUCCUUUUCUGCUUCUCUAAUAGCCAAAGAGUUGCGGAGGGCCCUGAACCGAGGAAUUAUGACUACUUUAAAUAUCACAACAUGUCAGAGAUCUCUGGAUGGAUGGAGCAGCUGCAAAAGGAGAACCAGGGUGUUGUCACCAUCGUACGCUAUGGACAGACAUAUGAGGAACAGAUCAUUAAACUUUUGAAGAUUGGCCUGGCAUCCACUGAGAAGAAAAAGGCUAUCUGGAUGGACUGUGGUAUCCACGCCCGAGAAUGGAUCUCCCCGGCCUUCUGCCAGUACUUUGUCAAACAGAUUCUCGACACAUACAAGAAAGAUGAGAAAAUAGGUGAGAUGCUUAAAAACAUGGACUUGUACGUCACCCCUGUCUUAAAUAUGGAUGGCUAUGUCUACUCAUGGUUCAACCAGUCUACACGACUGUGGAGGAAAUCCAGAUCGCCAGGCAACUGUGGAGACUCCUGCAUGGGCACUGAUCUGAACCGCAACUUUGAUGCAAACUGGGGGUCGGUGGGCAUCUCCAGGAAGUGUUGCUCAGAGGUUUAUAACGGCGCCACCGUGCUGUCUGAGAGUGAAGCGCAGGCCGUCACAGACUUUGUGAAGGCGAGGAGCAGCGAGAUCCUUUGCUUCCUCACCAUCCACUCCUACAGCCAGCUCAUCCUGGUACCCUACGGACACCCUAAUAUCACCGCACCCAACUACGAUGAACUGGUGAGUCUGACUCCAGAGAAAGACAGAAAAGAUAGAGACAAGAGUGACAGUGAGAAGGGGAGGGAAGACAGGAAGGACUGAUAGAGUGAAGGGAAUGAAACAGAAAGACAGAGAAAGGGAGGGUGGUGGUACAGACAAAAAAAAAGAUGAAAAAAAAAGAACAUGGAAAAAUGUUUACCUAAAUCUGUACACUAUAUUUAUGCUUGCCAUCUGUGCUGUGGUAGAUGUCAGUGGGGCUUGCUGCUGCUAAAGCCAUUAAAGAUGUCCAUGGAAUGGACUACACAGUAGGAAGCACCCCUAAUGUUAUCUGUGAGUAUCCAUAUGUACAACAAGUUCUUCUUGUUUCCACAAACCAACUGUUGUCCACUAACUAAUCAAGCAACCAAUUCCUCUCUUUCUCUUUCUCUCUCUCUCAAUCUGCCUUUUUCCCUCUCUUUCUCUCUCUCCCCGCAGAUCCAAGCUCGGGCUCUUCCCAAGACUGGGCUCGUCUGAUUGGCAUACCUUUGUCCUUCACCUUUGAACUGAGGGACAAAGGUCUGCAUGGCUUCGAGCUGCCUGAGGACCAGAUCAAGCCCGCGUGUGAGGAGGCAUACGCUGGAGUUCGUUCCAUCAUCACCUAUGCCCAUGACAAGGCCUUCCACAUUACUACUCCAAAUACUGCUGCCACUGUAAUAGCCACCAUAUGGACUGUCCUGCUAGCUGUAUGUCUCACUAGCGCACACUUACUAUAAAGUAUUGGCAACUACCUCUAUGUUAUAGUGACACAAGCAAAAUGAGAGGUUCUUAUUUAUUGCUAAUGUACUAUUUUUUUCCACUACUGCAACAGUUGUCUCAGCUCCUCCUCCUAUUGCUAAAUUUGAAACUUCUAGUGGACUAGCUUGCUAGCCUAGCCUAUUACAUGUAUUAAAGUUGCCAUGGUAACCCGUGUAAAAAUAA